AUGGAGAGCCGCGCCGUACCCCGGGGCCCGAGCCAGAUCGCGUCCGAGUUCGAAUCGCGCACCUACCCGCGCGAGGCUGACGAAGACGACAUCAAGGACCUGAUCCAGAUGUAUGUUGAUGCCGCGAUUCGCGCCGAGCGCGCGGGCUUCGACAUCAUCUACGUCUACGGCGCGCACAGCUAUCUGCCGCUCCAAUUCCUCUCCAAGUUCUACAACAAGCGGACCGACCGCUACGGCGGCAGCUUCGAGAACCGGGCGCGCUUCUGGAUCGAAGGGCUGGCCGCGGUGAAGCAGGCGGUGGGCGAUAAUUGCGCCGUGGCGACCCGCUUCGCCAUCGACACGCUGUACGGCGCCGAGGGCGUGGAGGUCGGCGACGACGGCUUCAAGUUCGUCGAGCUCGCGACCAAGGAAGGCGUGGUGGACCUCUGGGAUGUCAACAUCGGCGACAUCGCCGAGUGGGGCGAGGACGCAGGCCCGUCCCGCUUCUACAAGGCCAACCACCAGAAGCCCUGGGUCAAGGACGUGAAGAGCAUCGCCAACGUGCCGGUGCUCGGCGUCGGCCGCAUGACCAGCCCCGACGACAUGGCACAGAUCAUUACCUCCGGCCAGGCGGACAUCAUCGGCGCCGCCCGGCCCUCGAUUUCUGACCCCUUCCUGCCCAAUAAGAUCGAGGAAGGCCGCCUCGACGACAUCCGCGAGUGCAUCGGCUGCAACAUGUGCAUUUCGCGCUGGGAGAUCGGCGGGCCGCCGCUCAUCUGCACCCAGAACGCCACCUCGAUGGAAGAGUAUCGGCGCGGCUGGCACCCGGAGAAGUUCGAGAAGGCGCCGGAUCCGUGCUCGGUCCUCGUGGUCGGUGCCGGGCCCUCCGGCAUGGAGUGUGCCCGCGUGCUCGGCGAGCGCGGCUACGACGUGCAUCUGCGCGAGGCCGAUGGCGAGCUCGGCGGCUGCGUGAGCUACAUCCAGCGCUUCCCCGGGCUUGCCGAAUGGGGCCGGGUGACCAGCUACCGCCAGAUCCAGCUCGACAAGUUGAAGACGGUGGAGGUGCACACCGGCAUCGGCCAGAUGAGCGCGGACGACGUGCUCACCUAUGGCGCCGACCGGGUCGUCGUCGCCGUCGGCUCACACUGGGCGACCGACGGGCUCAGCAGCGUCACCCACGCUCCGAUUCCCGGCGUCGACGCGAGCCACGCGCAGGUAUGCACGCCCGAGCAGGUCAUGGCCGGCAAGGAUGUCGGCGACCGGGUCGUCGUGCUGGAGGCCGAGGGCUACUACACCGGCGCGAGCGUCGCCGAAUACCUCGCCGACCAGGGCAAGCAGGUGACCAUCAUCACCCAAUUGGGUUCCUCGGUGCACUACACCGACUUCACGCUCGAGGCCCCCAACCUGCAUCGGAUGAUGCACGAGAAGGGGAUCAAGGAGCUGAGCUCCACCUGGGUGCACUCGGUCGAGACCGGCAACGAGGUCACCGUGCGCGCCUACCCGAUCUUCGGCGACGGUUACCGGCGGAGCGCCGAUCCGCGCACCGGCGAGCUGCCGCGCACGGCAAACACCCAUAUCGACGAGCUCAGCUGCGACACGCUGGUCGUCGCCACGGGCCGGCUCUCCAACAGCGCCCUCUUCACCGAGCUGAAGGCGCGCAAGGACGAAUGGGCCGCCGAGGAGAUCGACGCCAUCUUCCAUAUCGGCGACUGCUACGCGCCCCGGAUGAUCGCAGACGCGGUGUUCGACGGUCACAGGAUCGCCCGCGAGUUCGAGUCCGAGAACCCGCAGUACCCGCUGCCGUGGAUCAGGGAGCGCCAGAUUUGGGGCGGCGAGACCUAUCCGUCGCUGCCGGCGAACGGCGGCGCGUAG